AUGUCAACAGGGUUUCAUUUUAAAGCCCAGGUCAUACCGUUGCUCGUGAGUCUCCGGAGCUUGAAUUUAUCGGCGAACAGAAACAUGGGCGGUUCUUUGGAAACCCUUCUCAGCAGGCUCCGUUUUUUACCCGAGUUGAAGACAGUGGUGAUCCACAACUGUGCAUUAGGGAUCGAAUCUCUUGCCGCUCUGGCUGAGGCCUCCGUUCACCUUCCCGCACUGGAGAUAUUUGACCUUUCUUGGAAUAAGUGUGUUGGUGGAAACCUAAAGCUGCUUUGGGAGACAUUAAAGCUUUCAUCCGCCCUUCGGGUGCUGAGACUGAGUAGCUGUAACCUGGAGACUGAGGAUAUGUCGCUCCUAGCAUCCGUAAUCCAAGCCGGCCACUUAGCCAAACUGCAGACAAUGGACCUGAGCUAUAAUGACAACAUCUCCGACGAAGGCUGGGCCACGCUCAGCCAGGCUCUGCUGGUCCUCAGAGAACUGAGCGAGCUGGACGUCAGCCUUUGCCCCUCGGCGUUUCGGCCCGGGGGAGCCUGGUUCAGGCACUUGCUAGAUGGCUUGCCUCAAAUGACCAUGCUCACCCAGUUAGGGAUCCAGCGAUGGGUUCUCCCUGCCCCUCAGGAGGAAAGCCUGGAAUACUUUAACCGAGACCACAAAAGAGAUGUUCACUUUGAGUAUGAUGGGUUUCGGUGA